UACUUUUAACAAAAAGGACUGAAGGAGGAGGGAGAGGGGGAUGGGAAUGAUGGGGGAAGGGAAUUGUGUUUGAGUGUAUGUGUGUGUUGUCACUAGAGAGAGCGAUAGAGAGGGAGAGAGUAGAGUGGUGUUUAGUCCGUACGUGGAAAAACAUAGUCGUGCAUGCACAGACUAGCGGGGAUUAUCUAUCUGUUCUAAAUCUGAUAGAGAAAUGCAGGCAUGAAUAGGUAAUGGAUCUGGAUGUGUAGUGUCCUAGUGCAAGCACAUGCCGGUGAUGGACUACAGACGCACAGACGCUAACCUGGCUUUCUCUGCAGAAGUGUCACCUUAAUCUAGACCACGUCCGCAGAAUGCUGAGUCCUAUUGUUCCCUAUAGUCUGUUGAAGAUGCACUGGAACCCGGAGCAUGCCCAGCCCCUGAGCCAGUGGCCCGAGCAGCAUUUGGAUGUGUCCUCCACCACUUCCUCACCCGCCCACAAACCUGAGUUGUAUUCGGCACGUGGCCGCGGGUCCUAUAGCUAUGCCUGGGCCAAUGACGACAUCUCAGCCCUCACUGCCUCCAACCUGCUUAAGCGCUAUGCCGAAAAGUACUCAGGUGUGCUGGAUUCAGCCUAUGAGCGCCCUGCUGUGGGUGCCUACCCUGAGCCUGGCGCCUUUGGGGCUCUCAAUGGCAGCCAGAAGAAUGAACUGGAGCCCUGGCCCCUCUCACACAGCACUGAUUCAACUUACCCUUUGGUUCCCCCCUCUACCCACGAUGGUCUGAAGGUGGCACCUGCACCCACAAUGCCACCUGGCUCAGGCAGCGUCUCUGCAGGCAGCAGCAAUCUGUCAGAUUCAGGCUACAGUGGGAGCAGUUCAUGCAGUGGUCCCCAUUCCAGUGACUACCCGCCCAGCUACAAUGGUACCUACCUCUCAUCAGGAUACUGCCCCCAAGGCAGCUCAGCACUUCCAACAGCACCACUUCAUGCCCUGCAGUCUGGGCCCACCCUCUUGCCCAGUUACACACCCUCUGCACCUGUUUAUAACUACCCCCCUGCUACCUACCCCCACCAGACCAGCCUCGCGCCCACCUACAGCCACCCAACUCCCCCUUACCUUCCCUCUGGUAUAGCUGCUCCAACCCCCAUCACGUCACGGCCUACAGUGGUAGGAGGUAGCUACAGUUACCAGAACAGUAGCCUGGGCAGCUCGGAGACAGCAGGUUCACUAAAGAGGAAGGCAUUUGAAAUGACCCCUGAAGAGGAAGAGGGGGAAGGGAAUUCACGCUAUAGGAAAUAUAGCUAUGAAGCCUUAAAGUCUGGUGGAGACUCACCAUACAGUGUGGGUGACAAAGCAGAAUGCAGAGGGAAUGGGUUUGUUGCUGCAAAUGCAGACCCACAGGCAUUCAAGCCCACCAAACCUGGGUCUCAGCCAGGCAUUGCAGGUGACGAGGUGGGCAAAUACAGUGGCCUGAAGCCUCUGCUUUCGCCAGCAUAUGGAACAGCUGGCGACUACAGCCCCCCAACAGCCAUGACAGGAGAGAACGGAGGAGCCGAGCAUGGCUUUCUACAGCAACAGCGUUCACUCAAGCGUUCUGAGCCUCUGAAGAGUACAGAGCAGCGCCUGUUGGAGGUGGUAAACAAUGAGCUACAGGACUGCACGCUUCCUCCACUGUGGUCAGAUCUAGUUGGCCAUGCUCGUCUUAAAGCAGUUCUGGAAGAGGAGCUGCUGUGGCCAGCACUGCGCUCUGACAGUUCCGUUCGGCCUCCCCGAACUGCACUACUGUUUGGACCACGAGGAGGUGGCAAAGCUACACUGGUGCACUCGAUGGCCACUCAGCUUGGGGCCACUUUCUUCAGACUGAGUGGUGCCACGUUGGUUUCGAAGUGGAAGGCUGAGGCCGAGCAGCUUCUGGGCAUGCUAUUCUCAGUGGCUUCAGCACGCCAGCCAGCGGUAUUGCUGCUGAGUGAGUUAGAGGCCUUCGAGGAUGACGAGGGUCUCAGACAGCAGCUGCAGGCUCAGUUGGAGAAGGUGCAGCGUGGCUUGGUGCUGGUGGUGUGUUCCACGCGCCACCCAGAGCUUUUGAAAGAGCCGCUGCUGCGCUGCAUGGCCAAGCGCUACCAUGUCAGCCUGCCGGAUGGUAGUGGGCGCAGGCAGCUGCUGCUGCAAGCUCUUGGGCCUCAUGGCUGCAGUCUGAGUGAACAGGAGCUGGCUGCUGUGCUACAGCGUUGCGAUGGAUUCACUGUACGUGAACUGCUCCAGCUCGGUCAGCAGGUCCUGGCUUCAGCAUCAGCUUCAGGCACUGGUCAGAUGCACGGCCUUGGUGCUCCCCUCUCCUCGCCAGCCUUCAAAGACUUCGAGAGCGCUUUCUGCAAGGUGCGACCGCAAGGGGCACCCAAAGAACUGGACACUUGUAUGGAAUGGAGCAAGGUGUAUAGCCACUAAGAGACAGUUCAGCCACUGGAAUCAGGACUGCUUAUCUUUGUGCCGAGGUAGAAAGCCUCGUGGGUACUUUUUGCUUUUUUUCCUCUUUCUGUUUUGUUUUUGUAGCUACAUAAUUUGCAGCCAAAAAAAGGGCAGGGCGGGGCGGGGGGGUG